AUGUCGGAUAUCAGAUAUCUUCCGACUGACACAAACAUUUUAGCUCAGCGACUUCAAAGUGCUGAAAAAUCGAUUACAUUUAUUCAACAUGAACAUGCAUCAACAUUGGCUAAUCUUCAUGAAGAAAUAGCCAAAUGGCAACAGAAAUGCAGUGACCUUACUUUUCAAUUAGCAAUAGGUGGUGGCACGGUAAUUAAUCCUACAGAUGAUAGUAAACUUCGAACAAAACUUGAACAACUAGAAAAUGAAAUUCAUCAAUGUAAACAAACAAUCAAUGAUUUAAAUAAAGUUUUAGAAGAAAAAGAAAAAUCUAUUAAUGAUUAUGAAAAUCGUUUCAUUGUAAAUGAACGAAAACAUGGCCUAGAAUUACGUUUAGAGCUUGACAAACAACGACAAUUAAAAAUUGAACUUGAACAACGUUCAACAUUAAUUGCACAACUUACUAAUCAAUUACAUCGUGAAAAACAACUUCAACAACAAUUACAAAAUCGUGCUCGUCUUGGACAGAUGAUUUUACCAAAUAAACCAACAAAAUUUCAAAGUGCCAGUGAAGUGCAACAAAAACAACAUCUGUCAUCGGCUAAACAGUUAUCAAAUCGUUCAUCAUCACUCAGCAAUCGAGCUAGUCCUGAUCAAGAUUUAACGAAAGGCUUAUUGAUUAAACGACGACCACCAACACCACCACAACAAUUAAGACCAUUGUCAUCAAAAAGUAUUGAAUCAAAUGAUGAACAAUCAUAUACUAAAAGGCAACGUCAAUUACUUAACACUCAUGCAGAAAAUAUUGAUUCGAAUAAAGUAACAUCAUUUCGACCAUCAAUUAAACUAUCAACUGUUCUACCACCGAUUGUUAAUCGAAAAGUGCCACUUAAAGCAUUACCUACAACAACAGUUCAACAAGAAGGUGAAGUUUAA